UCCCUCGCACACGUUGAGCGAAGAAUCCCCACACUUUGCGUAGUGAAAGGUCGGAGGCGCAUCAACCGGUACUGCUGAGCUGCGUCCGAAUACUCGGCCCCUAUUGUCCGUUAAGGGCGAGUUUCAAGGUGAAGAGACCAACAACAUGAGGCGUUGUCGCGUCUUAUAAGAGAAGACCUGCGCUCGCCUUGGGCAGCGAGAAAGACACUGACCCAAAGCAGAUCUUCACGAUCAACACUUUUUGGCAUUUUUAUUCCAUUAUUCUUUGUCGAAAAAGUACCUCUCAAUCAUCAAAAGUUACUAUCGCAACUCGGCUAUCUUUGCAAUGCCAAGUGACGUCGAUAUCCUCAUUGUGGGUGGUGGUCCUACCGGCAUGACCCUCGCUCUAGAGUUAGCCGUCCAAGGAAUCUCUUUCCGCAUCGUCGACAAAGCCUCAGUGCGAUCACCCUUCAGCCGUGCGCUCGUUGUGCAACCCAGAACCCUUGAAGUUUUCAACCGACAUGGCGCCAGCAACGUCGGAGAGCUUCAAUCGCUAGGCAAGGUGGCCGGCGCGGCCUCUAUGUGUGUCUCUGGCAAAAAACUGGCAGACAUCAAUAUUAAUGAUGUCACGCUGACUGGGACCAAAUUUCCUGCUACUAUGACUAUAACUCAAGAUGAGACGGAGAGUUGGCUUGAGAUGAUGCUUGCUAAGCACGAGGUCAAAGUUGAGAUGGGAGUUGAGGUCAAGAACAUCACCCAAGACAAGGAUGGCGUCAACGCCACAUUAUCUCCCGAGAACGGCGACGAGGAGAAAGUACGCGUGAAGUACAUAGUUGGUGCCGAUGGCGCUCACAGCGCCGUCCGUCACGCUUCCAAUCUUUCUUUCGAUGGCGAUGUCUAUCCCCAGGAGUUUAUCUGUGCCGAUACCUUUAUGGAGUCUUCUAUGCCUCAAGGCCAGGCUUAUAUGUGUCUAGGCAACGGCGCGAUGAUUGUGCUGCCGCUAAAGGACGGGAGAGUCCGACUUGUCGUAUCGCGACCGGGUCAGGAUACCACGCGCGACCCUAAACUAGAAGAUUUUGAAGAAUUCAUGCAGGAGAUCUUUCCGGGCGGAGGCUCUCUACACGAUGCAUCGUGGGUCACCCGGUUUCGUCUCCACCAUCGGGGUGUCAACAAUUACCGCGACGGAAGACUCUUCGUAGCCGGGGACGCCGCGCAUAUCCACUCCCCUGCUGGAGGCCAGGGUAUGAACACCGGCAUCCAAGACGCAGUUAAUCUUGGGUGGAAGCUUGCCGCUGUUCUGCGCGGCGAGAAGCCAGACUCGUUCCUAGAUACGUACAACACCGAGCGGCAUCGUAUAGGACAGCAUCUCCUCCAGACUACCGACAGGGUGUUCACAUACGUAACAUCUACGAACCCCAUCUUUCUCUUCUUCCGCAACUUGAUCCUACCCUGGAUAAUACCCCUCGCCACGUGGAACAAGGCACGCCUACAGACGCGGUUUCAGUUCAUAGCACAACUCCGGAUUAGAUACCGCCACUCGGACAUCGUGGCGACCGCGAACGGUUUCGACGGUCCUAUAAAGGGAGGAGAUAGGGCUGUCGAUGGUAAAAUCAUGGGUCCAGAGGGCGAGAAGUGGAUGCUCGAUCUUCUGACCCCUCUUAGUCAUCAUCUCAUACUCUUCUCAGGGUCAGGGGCAAAACAAGCUAGCGAGGGCGAGUUGAGUCGUGCCGAGGCCCGUUUUCUCGAAGACGCCAAGACUGCUGUCAAGGUGCAUACGAUAUUCAGCGGGGGACAAAAGGGACAGGCAGGAUACGUGGAUAUUGACGGCGGUCUUCACAAGGCGUUUGGCUUUACCGCUGCUGGUUACGUGCUUAUUCGGCCGGACGGAUAUAUUGCCCAUAUCGGGCCUCUAGCGGCACUUGGAGAGGCUGCGAAAUGGUUAUAAGUGGUGACUGGUCAGCCACCACAUCAAAAGCGAUAGACGAUACCCCUCUCUUUUAUUUGUACGGCAUGAUUGUAUAUGACUAGGACCUUUUUAGCAUGGAAUUGAAUUUCGAGUUUGGAUUUCGUCACAUAUAAUGCACCGCACAAAGGAGAACAUCUUAGACGAAGGGGCGUUAGUUAUGCCCACGACACUAACCUCCAAAGGUGAGGCCCCUUCUGUGCCCGUAGGAGAGACUCAUGUAUGACAAUUAUAAAUAGUUGUUUGUUUGUUAGCUAUCUCAUUAUUCCCUUAAAUCGGACAACACCCUAAAUGGUGAAGUAAGGGAGAAAUACACCACUCUCUUACUAUUUAUACUACCGCCAUCCCGCCAGUCCUAGAAGUUAUUUCGUCUCGUCCGAUUAUCCGUUACCGCCACACG